AUGCUCCGCCUCACCUCUCUCCUCCUCCGCCGCAGCCGCCAUCACUGCCACGUCACCAAACCCUUCACCACCACCACCGCCAACGCUAAUCCUCCGCCUCUGAGCGUCCCUCUGUCUCACCCUAUCUACCUCAUAUGGUCCUCCAACACCUCCCUCGGCAAAACCCUAGUCUCCACCGGCCUCGCCGCCUCCUCUCUCCUUCGCCGCCGCCGCUCCUCCUUCCUCUACCUCAAGCCCGUCCAGACCGGCUUCCCCGCCGACUCCGACUCCCGCUUCGUCUUCUCCAAACUCACCUCCCUCGCCCUCUGCCGCCGCCUCUCCCCUCUCCUCGCCUCCAACCACGUCCUCAAGGCCUCCGCCUCCGCCGCACGCUCCCUAUUAGCCCCAGGAGCUCCUCAAAUUUUCGAUAAUGGCAUGUGCGAUUUGGAUUGGUUUGAGGAGAGGAGGAUUUCCGGGGACGAUUCCGGAGAUGAUGAGCUUUCAAAGCUUGUUUGUAAGACAAUGUACGCUUGGGGAGACGCCGUUUCGCCUCAUUUGGCUGCGGAGAGGGAGAAUGGGGCUGUUGAGGAUUCAGCUUUGCUCGAAAUGGUGCAGGGGUGUUUGGAAAUUGGGGCUGGAAAGGAGAAGAUGGACCAUUUCUGUGUGGUUGAGACGGCUGGCGGGGUCGCAAGUCCCGGGCCUUCUGGGUCACUUCAAUGUGACUUGUUCAGGCCUUUUCGUUUGCCUGCAAUUCUUGUUGGAGAUGGGCGGUUAGGUGGGAUUUCCGGAACCAUUUCAGCUUAUGAAACUUUGAAACUUCGGGGUUAUGAUGUUGUCGCGCUUGUUCUUGAGGAUCAAGGCCUUGUAAAUGAGGUCCCUUUAGCAUCAUAUCUUAGGAACAGUGUUCCAGUGCUUGUUCUUCCACCUGUUCCACAAGACUUGUCAGAUGACCUUAUGGAGUGGUACGAUGAUGCUCGUAAUGUUUUUGAUUCGCUCAUGGAGAUAAUGCUAUCAGCUUACUCUGAGAGAAUCAAGAGAUUGCAUGACAUGCCAAAGAGGGGUAAAUGUUUUUGGUGGCCAUUUACUCAGCACACAUUGGUACGGGAAGGAAAUGUUACAGUGAUUGAUUCACGCUGUGGUGAGAACUUUGCAGUCUUCAAGGUUUGUAAUAAUGAUGCCAUAACUGAACAAUUUGACGCAUGUGCAAGUUGGUGGACACAAGGACCUGAUGCUACUUUACAGACUGAGCUUGCGAGGGAUAUCGGUUAUGCAGCUGCAAGAUUUGGGCAUGUGAUGUUUCCUGAGAAUGUUUAUGAGCCAGCCUUAGAAUGUGCAGAACUUUUGCUUGAAGGUGUUGGAAAAGAUUGGGCGUCUAGAACGUACUUUUCGGACAAUGGAUCUACAGCAAUUGAGAUUGCAUUGAAGAUGGCAUUCCGUAAAUUCUCUCAUGAUCACGGACUUCUCUUGGAGUCUUUGAAGGACAACUCAACUGAGAGAUGUCCUGAGCUUGUGGUGCGUUUCAUAGUCCUAGCUCUUAAUGGAUCUUAUCAUGGUGAUACUUUGGGUGCUAUGGAAGCACAAGCACCGUCAUGUUAUACCGGCUUCCUACAACAACCAUGGUAUAAAGGAAGAGGUUUUUUUUUCGAUCCUCCUACAGUCUUUUUGAGCAAGAAUAUGUGGAACCUUUCCCUACCUGUGGGAUUGCAUUCUCCAGAUUUAAAUGCUAAAAAUCUGACCUUCUGUUCCCGUGAUGAUAUACUAAACAAGAGCAGGGACAAGUCAGAUCUUUCUGAAAUUUAUUCAUCAUUUGUAUCACAUCAGUUAUCGAAGUUUCCUGAAUCGAGAGGGCUAAUUGGUGCAUUGAUUAUUGAACCAGUUAUACAAGGUGCUGGAGGGAUGCAUAUGGUUGAUCCACUUUUCCAACGGAUUCUUGUGAAUGAGUGCCGGAAUAAAAACAUUCCCGUUAUCUUUGAUGAGGUCUUCACCGGUUUCUGGCGCCUAGGAACAGAGUCUGCUGCCGAACUUCUGUGCUGUUUACCAGAUAUAGCCUGUUUUGGGAAGCUGAUGACAGGUGGUACUGUACCCUUGUCUGCUACAUUGGCUACGGAUGCUGUAUUUGACUCAUUUAUUGGAGACUCAAAGCUGAAGGCCCUUUUGCAUGGACACUCAUAUUCUGCACAUGCUAUCGGGUGCACAGCUGCUGCUAAAUCCAUCAGAUGGUUUAAAGAUUCUGAUAGAAAUCCUAAUAUCAGUUCCAAAGGAAGCUUGCUCACAGAGCUAUGGGAUAACAAACUAGUGUAUCAAAUAUCAUCACAUCCUGCAAUUAAAAGAGUGGUUGUGUUGGGAACACUUUGUGCUAUAGAACUCCAAGCAGAAGGCUGCAAUGCUGGGUACGGGUCACUAUACGCAACUUCUCUUUUGAAGCAGCUCCGAGAAGACGGUGUUUACAUGAGACCUCUGGGAAAUGUCAUAUAUCUCAUGUGCGGACCCUGCACAUCUCCUAAGAUCUGCAACCAGGCAAUCAGAAAAGUUUACAUAAGACUUGAAGAAUUUAGCCAAUCUCAACUCAACUAA